AUGAUGCAGCUGCCGCCCGCGCUGCACGCCCGGCUAGUGGCCGGCCCUGGGGCGGCGGAGCCGCUGCCCGUGGAGCGGGACCCUGCCGCCGGGGCCGCACCCUUCCGCUUCGCGGCCCGCUUGGUGCGAUUCCCGCAGGAGCACGAGUUCUUCGAGGACGGGGACGUACAGCGGCACCUCUACCUCCAGGACGUGCUCACACAAGUGUCCGAGUCGCCGGAGAGGCCCAGGGUGCCCGAGUUCACCUGUCAGGUGGCCGGCUGCUGCCAGGUCUUCGACACCCUGGAGGACUAUGAGCACCACUACCACACUCUGCACAGAAACACGUGCUCCUUUUGCAAGCGGACUUUCCCCUCGGGGCACCUGCUGGACAUCCACAUCCUGGAGUGGCACGACUCCUUGUUUCAGAUCUUGUCCGAGAGACAGCACAUGUAUCAGUGCUUGGUAGAAGGCUGCACAGAGAAGUUCAAGACCAGCAAAGAGAGGAAAGAUCACCUGGUGAGACGUCACCUGUACCCUGCGGACUUCCGGUUUGAUAAACCAAAGGAAAGCAGAGGCCCGGCCACGCCCACAGCCUCCCUGCAAGUGUCAGCAGGAGCCCCGGGGGACAACAGGAAGCAGUCGGAAGGGGACGCCAUGGAAGUCUGCUCUGAACACACACUGCCCCCCGCAGAGCCCACGGGUGAGAGGCGGGCCUACAGCCGCAGAAUACCUUCUACCAUCUGUUUUGGCCACGGCGCAGCACGUGGGUUUAAAAGCACCAAGAAAAGAAACAAGCACCAGUGAUGACCAAGGCCAAGGAGGCACUCGCGGGGGUGGGACUGGCACCCUCGGUGGACACGGUGUCAGCAGUGAGCUUUGUCUCUCGCCUACUUGUGUAGCUGCCCGAGCACCAGACCUUUGCCACCUCAGAGUCUCAGUCCCUGAGCGAGUGGCCGGGUGGCAGCAGCAGCCAGCGGCAGCAGUGAGAGACUGCGGUUCCUGGGGUGGCCCUGACCUGCGCUCCAGCCCACCUCCCUCUGUGGGGGCCACCCCACCGAUGCCCUUUCAAAGCAAAUGGUGUACUCGAGCGGUCUCCAGUCGUCACUUCCAUGCUACGGAACUAGACUGAGAAAGAGAGGUGAUCAUACGGGAGCACUUUGUGUUCAGCGUUGAGUCAUCACGAAGACUUACGAUGAAGUCUCGGCACCUCUGGCCGGCGGAGUGGGUGCAACGCCCUCUGUCCGACAGGUCCCGCCUGGGUUGGCCUGCCCUGCAGUGUGAGUGGACCCUGCUCUGAGGCAGGCUGCCUGUGCUGGAGGAGGAGCACCAGCCGGGUGGCCCCCCCGAGGAGGGGCAGUGCCAGGUGGAAGGUGGGGGCCGGCGCCAGGACUACAGUGCCUGGCUGGCAUCUUCCUGGCAGGAGCGGAGCAGAGCUCGGAGGCUGCAGUCCCCUCACCGACGGUCAGCGGGCAGCCAAGGAGGCAGCUGCACAGAGGCCAGGCCCGUGUGUGGACUCCAGUGCGUGGACACAAACAAUGGUCAGCACUGUUUCAAUCACAUAAGGGUGUUGCCCUCGGCCCGGCAGGGCAGGGGCUCCGGCGGGCCUCCCCCAGAUGCCUCGUCCGUAGCGGGCAUGUGCCUGGGGUGCUUCCAUGCUGGCUCUGUGCCCCCACUUGGGCUGGGCCAACAGCAGAGGGUUCCCCCUCCCCGCUCCCCUCCACUUGCUCUUGUCCUGGCUCUGGGUUUGGCCACAGGCAGCUGCCCAGCUCUGACAGCCACCGCUGAAGCCCUGAGAGACCUGGGGGGUGUCUCGGACGUCACAUAGCAAUGCCACACCUCGCAAACCCCUCCCAGGCUGCCGGGUGCUGGGGGAAAGGGUGGAGCCUUAAGUGCAGGUGCUAGUGUGUUGGAGAGAAGCCACAAACACUUCUCCUGAUGGAGGGGGGCCGGCCUUGGUGAGGGUCACACCAGGGCUGCCAGGGUCCCGUCCUAGAGAAGGGGGUAACGUGCGGGAGCCCCGCUCGCCCACCCACCCCCCUCGCAGACCCUGCCUCUCCAGCACAGCCGUCUGCGGCGCAUACUCUGAGCACUUGGGCCGCCACGGAGGCCUGUGUGUCACAGUCGGGGGGCUGUCGGUCCUGGGUGCCCACCGCAGCGGCACCCUGCCUAGAAGGCGACUUGUUUUUGUCUCAGUGUUUCUUCUGGAACAUGGAACAUAAAACUCUGCGAGGGUGUGGCCGAUGAGUGGAAGAGCCGCCAGUGUGAUGGGUUCUGCUUGUGGUAGGAAGCGUGGCAGCCACACUUGGUUUUACGUGAAACACGCAGCAUUUCAGCAUCUGGGUGACCCGGCCUGUGGGGGCGGCUGCACCUCCCCAACUGCCGCGAAGUCGCAUCAGGAGCCGGGCGCAGCGUCGGUCAGCACCAGCACACGGGGUGCGGCUCCGGCAGCAGGUCCGUCUGCCUCACAGACCCACGCCAGCCCCGCAGUCCGGCUCCCCACGGGCAGACGCUCUGCCCCCUCCUGCCUCCUUCCUUUUCUCCCUUUUGUGCCUUGUUUCAGGUGAAAUGAGCUUUUCUCGUUGUUUUUUGGGGAGCUAGACACUCUCGUAAUUAUUUCAGUAGUUUUCCCAGAAGUGUUAGCAUUACAUCAAAACGUUACUUCCCUGGUUCAGGUCUAAGGUUAAUCACCGUCUCUGCCCUUCCCCCAACAGGACAAGGACUGCGGACUCUCGAACGCCGCCCUCCCCUGCCCUUCCCCGACCAGAGUCGUCCCUGCCCUCUGGCCUGUCCGAUCCCACGGGGCAUCGGGGCUGUGGGUCCAGCGGUCUGUCUGUUUAAACCCCCACGGUGUGUGGGAGCUCUUACCUCUGCCAAACAUCUGUGGUUAGAACUUCCUUUGGCGACAGUCAGUGCUAACAAAGUUCUCGAUUGCAUCUGCCUGAAAAAGCUUUUAUGAUCCUGUUCCUGAAAGAUGCUGUUGCCAGGCACACAGGGCCUGGCGGUUUUCCCGCCGCACGUUGGACACGCCCCAUGGCACAGCGCAGCGCUCACGGUCACUGCCGAGAACUCAGGUGUCAGCCUGGCCGUUCUUUAGAAGAGUUUGCCUUCAUCCUUGGCGCUCCAGGCAGGUGUGUGAGGUGGAGACGCCUGUCUGUGCAGCUGCUCUUCGCUGGGUUUUUCUUCGAAUGUUGCCUCUACCCCGUCUGUCCCUUCUCUUUCUCAUCUUCCAACUAAGUGUGUGUUACAGUUGUCACUCUGUCCUCCAUGUGUCUCGAUGGCUCUGGUGUCUUCUAGUCCUCUGCUUUGCCACGCGUGAGAUGCAUUCCUCCGGCCCCCUUCUCAGCUCCCUGACUUCCUUGCUGGCUGAUUUGGGCGUGUCCUUAAUGCUCUGGCGAGAAGUUGUGCAGCUGUGUCUUGUUUCGGCUCCACUUAACCCCACAGAAUCGCUUCAACGGGCCCCCAGCGCCCAGCGCCUGGCCCCGCCUGGGGCUGGGGCUGCGGCUCUCCACCCAGACAGGAAAACCGGGCUCACUGGGGGCAGGGUGAGAAAUUUCAAAAUAUAGCCUGGGGGGAAAAUCACCUCUUGGGCGUUUAAGAGAAUAAUGUAGCUGUUUGCUGUGGUUUUUAAAAACACAUGCUUCAGGCCCUGGCCAGGUAGCUCAGGUGGUCAGAGCGUGUCCUGAUACGCCCAGGUUGCAGAUUUGAGCUUGGUCAGGGCACCUGCAAGAAUCAACCUCUGAAUGCAUAAGUGGAACAACAGAUCAAUGUCUCACUCCCCCUUCAUGUCUUUCUCUAAAAUCAAUAAAUACAUUUUCUAAAAAA